UUUUAAGGAUGUGGAAGAGCAGCUGGAGAUGUGUUUGUCAUGGAAACGGAGCCUGGGAUUGUUAAAGAAUGACAGACUGAAUCUCUCUGGUGCGUUUCUACUCAAACCCGAGCGGAAUAAACUCGGACAACCGUGACGGAUCAUCUACAGACGGCAGUAUUACACGUCAAACUUCAGUAGAGGUUCAGUAUGUCGGUGAACGGGACUCAGGACGGUCUGGUUACCGUGGCGGAGCCGCACACUGGUGGAGGCGCGCGCGAGAUAACGGCGGCGCGUGGCGGCUCGCUGUCUCUGCCGCGUUUCAUGCGUCUCAAGUUUACACCGGAGUCUCUGGAGAAAGUUUAUCAGACGUAUUUUCUGCGGCAGCGGCAGGAGACGUUACUGGUGCUAAUCGUGUUCGCGGCUCUCUUUAACGGUUACGUUGUCAUCAUGUGCGCGGUGGUUUACUCUGAGGAUAAACUGAAGACGCUCGCGGUGGCGGCAGGUGGGCUCGCGUCAGAUAUUCUGCUCUAUAUUUUGUGCCGGUUCCGUUUGUUGCCGGAGUCCGUUUCUCGGAGCCUCGUACCGUACGCGCUCUGGCUGCUCAUCACGGUCCACGUGCUGUGCUACUUCAGUUUGAACUUCGCGGGAUUUUACGCGGCCGGUGACACCGUCGGAUGGCAGACAUUCUUCCUCUUCUCCUUCUUCCUCACGCUCCCGCUGCCGCUCGCGCCCAUUGCGCUCCUGAGCGCGCUCUCGUGCUGCGCGCACACGCUGCUGCUGGGAUUCACUAUAGCGCAGAGACACCAAGACAAGCUGCAGUUAACAGUGCUGAUCAGACAGCUGGUGGCGAAUCUGAUGCUGUAUUUUGCUGCUGUGCUGGUGGGCAUUAUGUCAUAUUUCAUGGCCGACCGUAAGUACCGCACGGCGUUCCUCGAGGCCAAACAGUCUCUGGAAGUCAGUCUUACGCUGAAGGAACAGAGUCAACAACAGGAGGAAUUGCUGUUGUCCAUCUUGCCGAAGCACAUAGCAGAUGAGAUGCUUCAGGGCAUGAAGAAAGAAGCCAAUCAGAAAUCAGAUGCUCAGCAGUUCAACACCAUGUACAUGUACCGCCACGAAAACGUCAGUAUCCUUUUCGCAGACAUCGUAGGCUUUACACAGCUCUCUUCUGCCGUGACUCCAAAAGAACUUGUCAAACUACUCAACGAGCUCUUCGCUCGCUUCGACAAACUAGCAGCACAACAUCACCAGCUGAGGAUCAAGAUUCUGGGAGACUGUUAUUACUGUAUCUGUGGAUUGCCGGAUUACCGUGAAGACCAUGCAGUCUGCUCCAUUAUGAUGGGCCUGUCUAUGGUGGAGGCCAUCUCAUAUGUGCGCGAGAAAACUCAGACGGAAGUGGACAUGCGUGUAGGUGUGCACACGGGUACCGUACUGGGUGGAGUCCUGGGACAGAAGCGCUGGCAGUUUGAUGUCUGGUCCACUGAUGUUACUGUGGCAAACAAGAUGGAGUCAGGAGGCAUCCCGGGGCGUGUGCACAUCUCUCAGAACACAAAGGACUGUUUGCAUGGUGAAUUUGAGCUGGAGGAGGGCAAUGGAGGAGAGCGAUGCGAGUAUCUUCUGGAGAAAGGCAUCGACACGUACCUGGUGCUCGUGUCCAAAGACACUCCCAAAACAAACAGAGUGACCAACGGCACAGUGAUCAACACCACAAAACCCAGCAGCAGCUACAUAUCAGUAAAGAACAUACCUGAGGAGUCAGAGACACAGCAGCUGCAGUUGGCCAAUAUGACCGAUGAGGGGAUGGAGGACGAGCAUCUGAACCAGCUGCUGAAUAAAACUCUGCUGGAGAGAGAGACAGAGGAGAUUCUGGAGGAGAGGAAGACGUCGGUUCUUUCUCUGAGGUUUGAGGACUCUGAUCUGGAGUCUCGUUACUCAGCAGAGAAGGAGAGACGGACGGGAGUUGCGUUUAUCUGUUGUUGUGUCGUUCUGAUCUUCACCUCAGUCAUGGAAAUGCUCAUAGACCCACAGCUGGUUGUGAAUUAUGUGACUCUAGCUGUUGGUGAGCUGUUACUGCUGAUUCUGACUCUGUGUUCACUAGCAGCCAUCUUUCCUCGAGUCUUCCCCCGGAGGCUGGUGUCUUUCUCGCAGUGGAUCGACCGCACACGGUGGGCUCGUAACACAUGGGCCAUGGCUGCCAUAUUUGUUCUGACCAUGGCUGAGGUGGCCGAUAUGCUGAGCUGUGUUCAGCCCCCUCUCGUGCUGCUGAACUCCUCGUCUGGCGUGACGCUCGAGUCUCUGGGUGAUGGCGGAUGCGCCGAGAACCCCAAACACUACGGAUACAUAUCAGUGCUGUCGCUCGUGGCAACCGUCAUGCUCGUACAGCUCAGCCAUGUGGUCAAGCUGGCGCUCAUGCUGUUGGUUACCAUAGCAACAGGUGCCGUAAACAUCCACAGCUGGAUGUACAUUUACGACAUCUACGAUUUUAUUCGCUACCUGGACUACAGUUAUUCAGUGGUUCCCACCAAAUAUCUGCUGACUGUGAUGAUUAUCAUCAUGAUGAUGAGUUUCUACUACUUUGCACGUCACGUGGAAAGACAGUCACGUAAACUGUUUCUGUGGAAGAUUGAGGUACACGAUCAGAAGGAGAAAGUGUAUGAAAUGAGAACGUACAACGAGGCACUGGUCACUAACAUGCUUCCUGAACACGUGGCCAAACACUUCCUGGGCUCAAAGAUGCGAGAUGAGGAACUUUACAGUCAGUCGUAUGAUGAGAUCGGCGUGAUGUUCGCUUCUAUUCCCAAUUUCUCUGACUUUUACACGGAGGAGAGUAUAAACAAUGGAGGAAUAGAAUGCCUCCGAAUCCUGAAUGAGAUCAUCUCUGACUUUGACAGUCUUCUGGAUCGCACAGAGUUUCGCCACAUUACGAAGAUCAAGACUAUCGGCAGCACAUACAUGGCUGCAUCAGGCGUGACGCCGGAGAGCAACACUAACGGAUACGCCGACCGCAAGAUAGAGGAUCAGUCCAUCCUGGAGCGCUGGCAACACCUCGCUGAUUUGGCAGACUUUGCUCUGGCUAUGAAAGUCAUACUUGGAAACCUAAACAAACAGUCAUUCAAUAACUUCAUGCUGCGCAUAGGUCUGAAUAAGGGGGGGGUGUUAGCUGGAGUGAUUGGCGCUCGCAAACCUCAUUUCGAUAUAUGGGGAAACACUGUAAAUGUGGCAAGUCGUAUGGAGUCCACUGGGGUUAUGGGUAACACACAGGUGGUGGAGGACUGCUAUAACAUCCUGAAGGAGUACGGUUUCCGUUUCGUCAGAAGAGGACCCAUCUAUGUAAAAGGAAAAGGAGAACUGCUUACUUUCUUUAUGAAGGGCAAAGACAAACCUGUCGCAAAGACGACCGCGGUCUCUCUCCCACACCAAAUACCAGACAAAUCCUGAGAAAACUGAGGAUGAGAAGGACAUUGGCGUUUUACUUUGUUAUUUUGGGCCUUUUCCACUUUUUAUUAAUAGAAACAAUGGAAAAAGGACAAAAAGGAGACUCCCAAAUGAGCACUACAGCUCAACAAGUCUGCAGCACAUGCACUACCCAAUAGACAACAACUCUCAAAUUACACAUUACAAACGACAGCCAAAGGUUGUAUUAACUGAAAAAUUUCGGUAA